CAGUGUAGCCCCAGCAGUGCCACCUGUCAGUGUCCACAAGUGCCUUGUGUCAGUGCUCAUCAGUGCCUCGUGCCAGUGCCCAUCAGUGCCUACCAGUGCACAUCAAUGCCACAUAUCAGUGCCCAUCUGAACUGCCUUUCAGUGCCGCCUAACAGUGCCAGUCAGUGCCGCCUAACAGUGCUACCUAUCAGUGCCAUGUAUCAGUGCUGCCUUUCAGUGCCCAUCAGUGAUGCCUGUCAAUGCCCAUCAGUGCCACCUACCAGUGCCCAUCAGUGCCACAUCACUGCAGCCUCAUUAGCGCAUAUCAGUGAAGGAGAAAAAUCACUUAUUUACAAAAUUUUAUAAACAAAAACUAAGAAACUUUUUUUUUUUCAAAAUAUUCAGUGGUUUUUGGUU